GCAGCCCCGAGCCGCGGAGCCCCGAGCCUGCGCCGCCGCGCCGGGUGCGGCUGGCGGCCAGGGCCAGGAGACCCCUUCGGAGGCCUCCCCGCCGCCGCCCGUGGAGGCGGAUCCGCCCCAGCGCAGGAAACGGCGACGGCGGCGAGCAGAGGAAGAGGAGCCAGAGCCAGCGCCGCCGGCGCCGGCGCCGGCCUCCGAGCUCUCCCUCGCGGAGCGCUUCCGGUCGCUGCAGCAGGGCCUGCGCCUGGUGCAGCAGGCUGCCGCCGCGGCCGCGCAGAAGGCACCGGCCCGGGCCUGCAGCGGCGCGAGCAGCGGCUCGGACUGGCAGGCCGCGGGAGACGGCGCGUCGGGGUCGCCGGGGAGGCCCCGUGGCGCCGCGCGGGGC